AUGGAUACAGAGGAUAGAUCGGAGAUUGCCUUCUUCGACGUCGAGACGACUGUGCCAAAGCGAGGCGAACGUUUCGCGAUUCUGGAGUUCGGCUCAAUUCUUGUAUGCCCGAAGAAACUUACGGAGCUCCGAAGCUACACGACUCUGGUCCAGCCCAUAGAUUUGAGUCUCAUAUCUUCCUUGUCCGUGCGGUGCAACGGCAUCAAGCGUGACGAUGUCGUUUCGGCGCCUCUGUUUGCCGAAAUCGCUGAUACCGUCUACAACAUCCUCCAUGGGAGGAUAUGGGCAGGCCACAACAUAUUGAGGUUUGAUUGUGCAAGGAUUAGAGAAGCCUUUGCCGAAAUUGGACGCCAGCCACCGGAGCCAAAAGGCGCCAUCGACUCAUUGGCUUUGCUAACUCAGAGAUUUGGUAGAAGAGCGGGUAAUAUGAAGAUGGCAACUUUGGCUACUUAUUUCGGACUCGGCAAUCAAACCCAUAGGAGUCUAGACGAUGUUAGAAUGAAUCUUGAGGUUCUCAAAUACUGUGCCACUGUCUUGUUCUUGGAGUCGAGUCUCCCAGAUGGACUUGUAGACAACAACUCGGUAUCUCCAGAUACUACUAGUUCAAGGAGACGUCUCCAAGCAUCUUCUUCUCGCGAGGGUAGCACUGUACUUGGCUCUCUCACGCUACCAUCCAUUGGCGAGAACAGUGUAGCUCAGCCAGAUCCGUUUAACAUGAGCCUCUUGAGGAAUGAAAUGGCUUCCGACAGCCACCUUCAGUUAGACACUCUCAUGGAAGAAGAAGAAGAAGAAGAAGAAGGAGGACAUCAACCAUCUGAUACUGUUGUCUCCCAGGUUACAAGUGACCAUGAGGGAUUCUUGGCGCCUGAUGCGAUAUCUAUUGCAAACAUCAAAUCGGUUCUUGUCCCGUUUUAUCAUGGAAGCCAAAUGAUGAAACUGAAGCUACUCCACGGCGAUGCCCCUCUGCAGCUCUACUGUUCCUGUCUGAAAAUACGAUUUGGAGUCAAUGGGAAGUAUCUAGACAACGCCGGGAGAAGGAGGCUGAAUUUUGUUGUGGAUCUGAAUACAAGUCUGUGCAGUAUACUCGAAGCAUGUGACAGUAAAGCGCGGAAACUAUCUGUUGAUUCAGGCUCUACUUCUGACUGGAACCCAGUAGUAAAUCCAGUGAGAGGGUUUGUAAACCACUUUAACGCAAGGAUACAUAUACCGACAGAGAUAAAUGGAGAUGUAGCACGUUAUGCAACAGAGAUGCACCAGAGAGAGUCCUCUGGAGCUACUCAGAAGCUAAUCUUCAGCAACCCGAGCGUUGAGGAGCUUGAAUCGUUGCUGAAUCCGGGAUGUGUUCUCGAUGCAUUCUUGUCUCUGGAGCCGUAUGAUUAUCAGCUGAAAGCUGGAAUCCGUCUCGUUGCCAAAAAGAUAGUUAUACACUCGUAA